AUGGAUUCCAAAGAUGAAAGCUCACACGUGUGGCCCCCGGCUGCAGAACAUGAGGAGAACGCCGCACAGGUGCAUUUUGUUCCAGACGCUGGAACUGUGGCCCAGAUCGUCUACACCGAUGACCAGGUCCGUCCGCCGCAGCAAGUGGUGUACACGGCAGAUGGUGCCUCCUACGCCUCCGUGGAUGGUCCUCAGCACACACUGGUCUACAUCCAUCCCGUGGAAGCUGCGCAGACACUGUUUACAGACCCAGGCCAAGUAGCUUAUGUCGAGCAGGAUGCUGCAGCUCAGCAGGCCUCACUGCCCGUGCACAACCAGGUGUUACCCUCAAUCGAGAGUGUGGAUGGCUCGGACCCUCUGGCGACUCUGCAAAACCCCAUGGCCAGACUGGAGGCCAAGGAGGAGGAGGACGAGGACGAGGACGAGGAUUCUGAGGACGAGGAGGAGGAAGACGGUGAGGACACUGACCUGGACGACUGGGAACCUGACCCCCCUCGGCCCUUUGACCCGCACGACUUGUGGUGUGAGGAGUGUAACAACGCACACUCUUCCGUGUGCCCGAAGCACGGCCCCCUGCACCCGAUCCCCAACCGGCCGGUGCUGACGCGGGCACGGGCCAGCCUCCCGCUGGUGCUCUACAUUGACAGGUUCCUGGGCGGCGUGUUCUCCAAGAGGCGCAUCCCCAAGCGCACCCAGUUUGGCCCCGUGGAGGGGCCACUGGUCAGGGAAUCAGAGCUGAAGGGCUGUUACAUCCACCUCAAGGUUUCUCUCGAUAAAGGGGACAGAAAGGACAGGGAUUUGCAUGAAGACCUGUGGUUUGAGUUGUCGGAUGAGACCCUCUGUAACUGGAUGAUGUUCGUACGUCCGGCCCAGAACCACCUGGAGCAGAACCUGGUAGCAUAUCAGUAUGGCCACCACGUGUACUACACAACAAUCAAGAACGUGGAGCCCAAGCAGGAGCUCAAGGUGUGGUAUGCUGCUUCCUAUGCCGAAUUUGUGAACCGGAAAAUCCAUGACAUUUCUGAGGAAGAGCGGAAAGUUCUUCGAGAGCAAGAGAAGAAUUGGCCCUGCUAUGAAUGCAACCGCCGAUUUAUAAGCUCUGAACAGCUGCAGCAGCAUCUCAAUUCUCACGAUGAGAAACUGGAUGUGUUCAGCAGAGCAAGAGGCAGAGGAAGGGGCCGAGGUAAGAGGCGGUUUGGCCCUGGUCGAAGGCCAGGACGUCCUCCCAAAUUUAUCCGCUUGGAGAUAACCAGCGAAAAUGGGGAAAAGUGUGACGAUGGCACACAGGACCUGUUGCAUUUUUCCACCAAGGAGCAGUUCGAUGAGGCUGAAGCCGCGACUCCUAACGGGCUGGACCAAUCAGAGCAGCCCACCCUCCCGCUCCCUCAGCUGCCCCCGGAAGCCCCAUCUUCUCUGGAGCAGGAGCCGGACACGCACGAGCUGCACCUGCAGCCCCAGCAUGAGGAGAGCGUGCUGCCCGCUCAGAGCACCCUGACGGCCGACGACAUGCGCCGUGCCAAGCGCAUCCGGAAUGCAGCUCUGCAGCAUCUGUUUAUUCGGAAGUCUUUCCGGCCUUUUAAAUGCUUGCAGUGUGGGAAGGCCUUCCGUGAGAAGGACAAACUGGACCAACACUUGCGCUUCCAUGGGCGGGAGGGGAACUGCCCGUUGACCUGUGACCUCUGUAACAAGGGCUUCAUCAGCAGUGCGUCCUUGGAGAGCCACAUGAAGCUCCACUCGGACCAGAAGACUUACUCUUGCAUUUUUUGCCCAGAAUCCUUUGACCGCCUUGAUUUGUUGAAAGAUCACGUGGCCAUUCAUAUCAAUGAUGGCUACUUCAGCUGCCCAACUUGUAAGAAACGGUUCCCAGAUUUUAUCCAGGUGAAGAAGCACGUGCGCAGCUUCCACUCAGAGAAGAUCUACCAGUGCACGGAGUGCGACAAGGCCUUCUGCCGCCCCGACAAGCUGCGUCUGCACAUGCUCCGCCACUCGGAUCGCAAGGACUUCCUCUGCUCCACGUGUGGGAAGCAGUUCAAGCGGAAAGACAAACUCCGGGAGCACAUGCAAAGGAUGCACAAUCCUGAGAGGGAGGCCAAGAAAGCUGACCGCAGCAGCCGCUCCAAGACGUUCAAGCCCCGCAUCACGUCCACUGACUACGACAGCUUCACGUUCAAGUGCCGCCUCUGCAUGAUGGGCUUCCGGAGGCGGGGCAUGCUGGUAAAUCACUUAUCAAAAAGGCACCCAGACAUGAAGAUAGAAGAGGUGCCAGAGUUAACUCUACCCAUCAUAAAGCCCAACCGUGACUACUUCUGUCAGUAUUGUGAUAAGGUUUACAAAAGUGCCAGCAAGCGAAAAGCCCAUAUUCUGAAGAACCAUCCUGGGGCCGAGCUUCCGCCAAGCAUUCGGAAACUUCGCCCCGCGGGCCCCGGAGAGCCAGACCCCAUGCUGAGCACCCACACCCAGCUCACGGGCACCAUAGCCACCCCGCCCGUCUGCUGCCCUCACUGCUCCAAACAGUACAGCAGCAAGACCAAGAUGGUACAACACAUUCGAAAGAAGCACCCAGAGUACGCCCAGCUCCCCAACACCAUUCACACACCUCUGACCACAGCUGUGAUCAGUGCAACGCCAGCUGUCCUGACGACCGACAGCGCCACUGGAGAGACCGUGGUGACGACAGACCUGCUAACCCAGGCAAUGACAGAGCUGUCCCAGACCUUAACGACGGAUUACCGAACACCACAAGGGGACUAUCAGAGAAUCCAGUACAUUCCUGUGUCACAGUCCACGUCCGGCCUGCAGCAGCCUCAGCACAUACAGCUCCAAGUGGUGCAGGUGGCUCCGGCCACUUCCCCACACCAGUCCCAGCAGUCCACGGUGGAUGUCGCCCAGCUCCACGACCCUCAGACCUACACACAGCACGCCAUCCAGGUGCAGCACAUCCAGGUCACCGAGCCCCCUGCGCCCUCUGUGUCCACAUCCCAGGUGGCUGGGCAGCCGCUGAGUCCCUCCCCACAGCAGUCUCAGCAGGGACUCAGCCCCUCGCAUGUCGCAGGUAGCUCCUCACAGGGCCAGGCCCUCCAGCAGCCUUCCCAGGGCUCCACGGUCCAGCACACGUAUCUCCCCAACACCUGGAAUUCCUUCCGUGGCUACCCAUCGGAGAUUCAAAUGAUGACACUUCCCCCAGGUCAGUUUGUGAUUACAGACAGUGGUGUGGCAACUCCAGUCACCACUGGCCAGGUGAAGGCGGUCACUCCGGGUCAUUAUGUGUUAUCAGAAAGUCAAUCAGAAUUGGAGGAAAAGCAAGCAUCUGCUCUCUCUGGAGGAGUCCAGGUUCAGCCAGCUGCACACAGUGACUUGGACCCCCAGACCACCAGCCAACAGCCCACCCAGUACAUCAUCACAACCACCACCAACGGGAAUGGGAACAGUGAAGUGCAUAUCACUAAACCCUAA